AUGGAAGUCUCCCAUCUCAGUCAGACCUUUAACUCCUCCCAUACCCGCUUCUUCCUCUAUGGGUUCCCCCAGUUUGCCGAAUCCCGGACGCUCCUCAUCGUUCCAUUUCUGUUUGCGUAUGCGGCCAUACUGUCAGGAAACUCUCUCAUCAUCUACAGGAUCUGGGUGGAGAAGAGCCUGCAGUCCAUGAUGUACACACUCAUCUCUCUCCUCUUCCUCGUGAACCUCUCUUGUACAAACACCAUCAUGCCUCCCUUCCUGUUGAGUUUGGUCUCCGGCGAGUUCCAGAUAUCUCUGAACAGUUGCCUGGUGCAGAUGUUCGUCAUCUACCUCACCAUUGUUCUGGAGUCUGCGGUGGUUCUGCUGAUGGCUUUUGAUCGGCAUGUGGCAAUCUGUAGACCUCUUCGCUACCGUGAGAUCAUGACCAGCCAGCUUCUGGGGCAGCUGGUUCUCGUUAGCGUGAUCAGGGGCGUCGUCCUGGUGUGUCCAAUAGUCAUAUCCGUCUCCAAAGUCCAGUUCUGUGGCUCCAACGUCAUCCAGAGUUUCGCCUGUGAAAAUAUGGCGCUCUUGAAUCUGGGCUGCGGGGACAUCUCCCGGACGCACAUCACCGGCCUUGUCAUUAGGAUCUGCGUCUCGGUGCUGGACGGGAACUUCAUUCUUAUUUCGUACUUGGACAUUCUCCGAACGACGAUGAAGACUGUUAGAGGGCAAGCUAUAAGGAAGGCCUUACACACGUGUAGCACGCACAUCAUCGUGGUCAUACUCAUCUACACGUGUGGCUUCUUAUCGUCCGUUGUGUACCGGAUUGCCGCAGUCAUCCCGGCCAACAUGCAGAACCUCGUGAGUGCAAUCUACUUCCUCUUCCCGGCCACGGUGAACCCGAUCAUCUAUGGACUGAGACUGAAGGAGAUCAGGAUCUGUUUAAUGAGAGCCUAUCAAAGGAAGAAGGUUCAUGUGAACGAGCCAAUCGGGCCCCUCAAAUAA